AUGGAUGAUCCCGAAGUAGCCAUACAUAGGCUGCAAGAGACGCCCGAAGAGCGAGCUGAACGAUUCCGAAACAAUUUACAAGAGCUUUGGACUGAGUUUUGGUACGAUCUGGUGAACCUGCUACCUGAACUGCCAACGCUUUUCUGCUCAUCUUCGAUAUCCGAUUCCCCAUCUCAUGAUCCUCCAAAAUUUCCAACAUACCUGUUCCGAGUGUAUGACGAGAAAAGCCGAGGAAUUAAUAACGAAAGUAUUUUCGCGUCCGGCGCAAGCCAAAAUACUCGGCCUAUUGACAGACAAGACUUGCUAUCCGUGGAAGGAUCCGGACCAGCGGAAGAACUUGCUCGGCAUUUAUCUUAUGACCGUAGUCGACCUACCAACCUCAUUUCCUGGACAAGCUCUCUGCUUUGUGCAAUUCAAUGUGCUAGAUGGAGAUGGGGUUAUCUUGGAUCAAUCCCAGAGAGGAUAUUCAUAUGCAUGGUGGACACGAGAAAGUUCUCACAAGACCAAUUCCGGAGAGAUGAAUGGUUAGUUGCUCACUUACAGGAACAGGCAGAAGGGCCAAAAACCUUUGAGAAUUUUUUUAAACACAGGCGAGACGGAUUCGACAAUGGAGAAUACUUGUCGCAAGGAGUGAUGUUCCACAAAGGCCGGUCUUGUAUCAUGUCACUGAAAGAUUUAUUCGAUUCUGGUCUCUGUGACCUUUAUCCUGCGUUUAGAGGACCGAGCAUUAAGUGGGCGUUGGUUGUGCGUAUGUUGCGCGAUCAUGGGAAAUUGCCGAGCGCUUUGACGGCCGGACAUGUUGCGACGGCGUUAAGGAUUGCAGAAGCCUGCUUUCGCCCUUUUCAACAACUCGAUGCUGUUAUAAUCAUUCUCACAAUGUGUGAACGGUCUUCUGUACAUGUCUCGCCGAGUACAUGGACCCCGCUGGAAGUUGAUCGAUGCUAUGCUGUGUUGGAGGUACUGUAUUCGGGCGACAGGUGGCUUGCUUUACGACGAGAUAAUGCCUUACGGUCUGACAAGCUCAUUGAUUUCCUGGAGGCGCAAAAGAUGAUGGGAAAGUAG